CUGGGGUGCGAUUUUGUAGAAAUGACUUUUUUCAUGCCAAUGCCUUCUCGCGUGACGUCACCGAUUUUGGAAAUUGUGUGUACGUAGGCACGACGUUUUCUUGGAUCGUCCAAUCAGAAGCUCCCUUCAUUGGCCGGAUGUUUCUUUCGUAUUCUCUUCUCUUUUUCCGGGACUGUAUAGCAAAUUUGUUUUGUAAAACGGCACUUAAUAAAAGCGGACUUCCAUGCUGCGUAAAGCAAAUUCAUUUUGUUACAGUACAACGCAAAAGCUGCCGCAGUCCAAAGAAAUGCAAACGCAAGUGCUCUAUUUUUGAAGUCGUAGCCACAUAGUAGUCGGAUGUGCAUCCAAUCCAUGCCGUUGAGCGCAAGCAAAAUGGCAGCCUUUGUUUACCUGUGAACAGCUGACAGCCCCUAGCGUGUCUGUCUGAACAGCUGACAGCCCCUUGCGUGCCCGUAAUUGCGGCCCCGCCCCCGUCAGAUACUGAUUGAGGUGAGUAAUUAUUGCUCGUGUAGUGCUUGCAUUGUCGUGUGGUUUUCGCUGCAUGUCUGACGUGUGAUAAUUUCUUCUUUAGGAAGAGCCAAGAAGAAUUAUCCGUAGCCCCCGAGGUGAAACUUUGCAACAUAGUGGAUCGAGAACUGUCAAGGCAUUUUCCAUAGGGCACCGCCAUGACAUAACGAUAGCUUCCUUAAAGUUAUCGCUGCAUCGGUAAUACUUCCUGCACUGAUACGCUCCGAGAAAGAAGCUGCUACAACAUUAAAUGGCUACUGGAGGUGGCAAAGUGGGUGGCGUGGACGGCCGCGUCCUCGACGUCCUUAUGAGGACAGGAGGGGUCCUUGUUUCCCCCCCUGAGUACUUCCCCGAUAGCGAGGACGAGGCAAGUUCAGAGGAAGCUGCAGGGCCCAGCGGUUCCCGCAGAAAUCUACCAGCGACAACUGCUUUCGUGGUGUCGGGCCCUGCAGCUGUUGCUGGGCCAAGUGGCCUUACACAGCCACCGGCUACGCCCCAGGUGCUGCGGCCUACGCCCCAGGUGCUGCAGCCUACCCCCCAGGUGCUGCGGCCUACCACCCAGGUGCCGCGGCCUACCACCCAGGUGCCGCAGCCAACCCCGCAGGUGCCGCAGCCAACCCCGCAGGUGCCGCAGCCAACCCCGCAGGUGCCGCAGCCAACCCCGCAGGUGCCGCAGCCAACCCCGCAGGUGCCGCAGCCAACCCCGCAGGUGCCACAGCCUACCCCCCAGGUGCCGCAGCCUACCCCUCGAGAGCCACGGGCACCCCGUAGACAGCCCAGGCAGCAGGAACUUGAUGGUGCUGUGAUGACGGCUACUGCCGCAUACGUUCGCCAGAGCCAGUUGGAGGAAGCCAGAGUUCAAGAGGACACUCGCUUCCGCCAACAACUGCUGGAACAAAACCGGCAGCACCACGAGGCCCACCUGCAGAGCCUGCGGCAGCACCACGAGGCCCACAUGGAGAGCCUGCGGCACCUCGGGGAGGAGGUGGCGGCAAUGCGGGAAGUGGAGUCUCAGCGCCUCGAAGUGCAGCGGCAACGCCUCGAAGUGGCGCGUCGGUCGCACGAGACCAACGAGCGCCUGCUUCAGCUGCUGCUGGCUGCACUGGGGCAUGGUGGCAGCCAAGCCCCUCCCCCCUCUCAGGCCCCACAUAAUUAAAGGUAGCAUAGGCAAGGAAUUUGUAACUUAUCUUAAAAUUUGCUGAUGUAUUAAUGAUAUGAAGGGCAAAUAUUGCUAGUUUGCAAAUAAAUAAUUGCUGAAGUCACCCUUUAAUGCAACCAUAAGUAGCAUAGCCGUUGCAGCAUGAAUUUUUUCUUCAAGGUUUACUUCAGCCAUAAGAGCGUGCACACCAUCAGGCUCACCUGCAAAAGUGCCUGUAGGCCUGGUGUGUGUGGGCAUUCCGACUGUGGCACUGCAAUUUUGAGGUGCCUAGUUAUUGUCAUGUCAAUUUAAGCACGACGCCACACUGCAAGUGUUCUACAAUUUAAUCCUUGUCAUCGAAUGGUGAAAUUUUCAGGCCUUACUAUAAUGUCGAAAGCAACCUGUCAAUAUACACAGUAAAAAAGAAAAAAGUUAUGAAAAUUCCUUGCCUAUGCUCCUUCUUUUCAUUUGUAAUGUUUAUUUUUUGUUUGUUGCAUAUGCAUAUUUGUUUGUGUCACUACGUACUGAGCUGGAAUGUCUCUUUUCUUGCACAUCUGUCUCAUUAUCAAACAAUUUGUUGUCAUUCAGUAAUCUUUCAGGUUGUGAUACAUUGUAUUUUAGCCCUUGUGGUGCAAUUUGUGUGUAAUAUUUAUGCAGUUUGUCUUACUGAAUAUCAUAAUAUGGUGCUAUGGCUCUUUCACUUUGAGCACCACAACAGCAUGUUCCUUUCACAUGUAGUGAUGUACCUAUACAUUUCGCUGUGAUAAAUAUUCGGUUGGCAUGUGAUUUAAGCACCUGCUCAUUUCUGUUGCUGGUGCAGUUUAAGCCAGUUGUUAUUACUGUGUACUUGUGCAGUGUACAACAGUUUUCUUAAACGAUGCAUGCCGUUACCUGUGAUAUAUUAUGAUGCAAGAACAAUGUGAUCCGAUAUUUAUUCCAACAUGUCUGUGAUAUGUUGCAUAAUGUCUCUACUACUGAGUACUCAUGAUUCUCACACUUCUUCAAUGUAGAGACUGUCGCAUGUGAUGUGUACAUAAACAAGUGUAUGUUGAAGGCUGAAAUACAGAAAGGUGCAGUUUUC